AAUUCAUUGUACCGGGGUAGACUACUUUCUAAAUUCCCAACAAAAGUCCCAGGGAGUGAAACGACUUCGAUUUGGAGCGAAACGACUGGGGCGAAAACGUCAGGGACCGAAACGACCGGAUAUCUUUUCGCAUUGGCUCCACCAUAAAACUGAGCGCACACACAAACAAAAACAUUAGCCAAAAUUUGCUCAAUUAAGGACGAAUGCACGAUGCCCUGUUCAUGAUAAUAAUUUUGCACGAUGAGUGGAUCACAGGGCUCACUUGGCAGGGGUCAUAGCAAGGGUUUGCGAGUGUAUCGGAUCGUAAUUCUUGGAGACGGAGGAGUGGGGAAAAGUGCAUUGACAAUCCAGUUCGUAACCCAUCGGUUCUUAGAUUAUCAUGACCCAACUAUUGAGGAUGCUUAUCAAAAGCAAGCAAAGAUUGAUGAUGAGACGGCACUUCUUGACAUCCUUGAUACGGCUGGACAGCCUGAAUUUACUGCUAUGCGGGACCAAUAUAUGAGGCACGGAGAGGGCUUCAUACUGUGUUACUCCAUAUCCGACCGGAGGAGUUUUGAAAUGGUGAUGGAGAACAAGACCCUGAUCGACAGGGUACGCAACAGGGACGAUAUGCCAUUGGUCCUUGUGGCCACCAAAUGUGAUCUCAAGGAGAAGCGAGUGGUUUCAACAAUUGAGGGUCAAGCACUCGCCAGGAGAUUAAAGUGUCCGUUUGUCGAAACAUCGGCAGCAUUACGGUACUACGUCGAUGAAGCAUUCUACGAAGUGAUCCGAUCGAUCCGACGCAAGGAGCAAGAGGAGAGUUAUUUAAACAAAGCACAGACCAAGGAACCCUUCAAACAAAAGAUCCGGGGAUUUUUCCAGAGUAUAAAGGGCUCCAAACAUAGUCGAGGACAUAAGACAUAAUUUGAUUAGUUAUGCAUUUUAGUUGCAUUUAGCUGUGUUUGUGGGCAGACUACAAUCCAGGAGACUUUACCAAGACAAUUUUAUUAUGAUACAGAUAAAACGCCCCUGGUGUCGUUUUGCUUCUGAGUAACCGGGUUGUUUGACAGACGGACAUUAUCACUGUAGUGUAAACAGUGAAAUUUUCAUACAAGAGUUAUGCCUUCAUUGUAAUGACUAAUGUACGAAGGGGGGGCUUGAAACUAUUUUGGUAAGCCCAAAAAUUUACAGCUGAACAUGACAGACUUGUGGCAGUAAACAAAUUGAAGUAAUUUUAUAACUGAUUGAAUGUCUUCAACGGGAAUGCCAAACUUGUGAUGUGGUGAAUUUGAGGGGAAUAUUUUCCAAAAUUGCCAAAUUGUACAUUUUUUGUUGCAGUUGUACACAUUUCUGUCAAGGAUUGUGCACCUUGAACAAUUUUGAGGUAGACAGGUCUGCACGUGUUGAACUUAUCCUUGUCUUGUUGUGUUAUAUGGACACCUGGCACUGAAACCACAGUGCAGGCAACGCACAAUGUAUGUGUAUUACCUUCUGCUUCGAGGAAGGACACAUGAACUAGGGAGAAAAGAACUAGAAGAUAAGAACCUAUGAAUUGAGUGUAUGAAGAUGGAGAGAGGGAGUCUGAUUAUAUACAGGAACGACCUCAUGUUUUUACAUUAUGGAGAUAUCCUUCUCUGUUGCAAAUUGGUCUUUGUAGGCGCAGUCAUUUCACAUUUCAGGGCUCGAACUUUCAUGACGGUCGCUGUAUUGCCAGAGAUUGCAGCUGUUGUACUGCUAUGCAGUCGUCCUGUGAUUACCCAAUAUUUUUUAGAGGUGAAAUUCUACGAGUCCUCAGUAGUUUUAUAUCUUUGUAAAUAAGGUUUUAUAACAAUUUAUAGAAUAAUUUACCACCCAGGUCCUUUUUUACCUGUACCACAUGAAAUUAAGAUACCAUUGCUGAAAAAGUGUUUAAAAGUACAUGUAAUCCAUCAAUUAGGUUCUACUCUUGGCUAUUCGUUUAUACCAGGGCUCACCCUUUCAGUGAUAUUGAGUCAAACUAAAUAUUAUUAUUUAAAAUAUUCUACGAGUUUGAGGUAAAAGCUUCUUACUAAUAUUAUUAACCGGUACUGAGAAUUGUGAGGGGGUAAGUUGACCUCGGGAACUUUUCAAUACAUCUAAGCCAGUUGAUCUGGCAUUGAGGUAUUGUGAAUUUUUACUAUCACACACGGUAUGACUUGACCUGGAAUACUAGAAAUUACAGAUUGCCAGGUAUAAAUAUCAGUUUAUAUUUAUUUUCUCGACUCCAUCUGAAAGUGGAUGGACAGACAAAAGCAAAAAGCUUCUGGCUUAGCCUGCACCUCUCUCCGUACACCUUAAAAAGAUCGCUGUUUUUGAAAAUGACGCAACCAAUGAAAUGAUGGACUUUUGUCAAAGCUGCUGAGCAGUUGUGUACAGAAUUUCUAAAUGUCGUAAUGAUGUGAGCACUCAUAGUUUACUGUUAGUCUUGACAUAAUUUCUUCUUUGUUUUGGUUGUCAGAUUGUUUUAUUAUUGAAGUUCUUGUAGUUCCUAUCUCUGAAUACUCAAAUGAAACAGUUGUGUGGAGACCGGUUCGAUAUUGAAAGUUUGUUAAAUUUUCAGUUUUGUCAUGUUCCACCAAGGAUUUGACAAAAGCAAUUAACAUGUUUUUUAUUGCAUUUAAUAAUUUACCAUGGAGAAUCUAUUCCCCUACUUACCAUUGGUAAGUUGAAAGGCCUAGCUUGAUUCUCCAGGGUGAUAUUGCUUUACCACAGGUUGUUUCCUUGAUGUAGCUCCUGUGUCCUAGUGACACUAUCCAAGAUUUAGGGCAUAUUAUUUAUCCUUGAUUACGUGAAUGUGUAUCUCAUUAUGUAUCAAUCAUUUAUUUUUUUUUUUCGCAAACGCCUACAGUGUAAUUUGAAUAUACCAUCACAAUAAUCAUUACAAUAAAAAUAGUGCUGCCACUUGGAAGAAAGGUUGUGACAGUUUCUGACCACAUUAACUGAGCAGCGAAGCAGCAAAGGGUAAACUUCGUUUUUUAAAUAGUGUAAAGAAAAGUUUUGAAAUAAAUGUGAGUUCCAUAUAGAAAGAUAUAAACUAAGGAAAAAUAUGACUCAAAAAAUCUACACGAACGAACUUGUUAAUUCAUUGAUAACAAAUACUGAUUAUUUCUAUCGCUCCUAUUGGUUGAUUCAAUGUCAGUUCUCAUCCAACCAGGAUGUUAUAUUUUAAAGGAAUAAGCUAGUCUUUCUUAUCUCUUGGUAAUUUUUACAGAAACAUAUUUCAAAAUUUGUUAGCCCCUUGCCUCCAUCCGUUCAUUUUUUUCAUAUUUAUAUUUCAAAUUGUACAGAAAAUUAUGUUUAUAUUGUUUUUGGCACAUCUCCCAAUAAUUAUUUCCUUGUACAGAUAAUGAAAUGAUACUUUUAAAAGCUAUAAUGACCUUUUACACACAGCGUUGACACUUCAAUAUUGAACUUGUGUACUAAAAGAAAAAUGUAAAAAUGAUAUCAAUUUCGUGUAUUUUCCUCAAAAACUUGCAAAAUUAUGAUUAGUGAUGCACAGCUAUUGAGUGUUUAAACCAGUUGUUGUUGUCAUUGUUUGAUGAUUAAGUUAUUUAUCUGCUUAAAUUAAUAACCCGAGGGUAAAACCUUGGGAACUUUUAGAUAAAUGUCGCUUGCUUUGCAAGCAAUUACGUAAUGUAUUUAAUAUUUAUUCCUACGUAAAGUGUAAAUAAAGCAUUUAGACAAAUGAUUAUAA